UGCAUUCUGGGUAAAACUACGACAUCAAAAUGGCGGCAUAGAGAAACGGAUUGUAAAUAUUGUUUCGCGUAAAUCAUCACUUUGUCCUGAUUUGUAGAGAUCCCUAGCCUGGAUAUCAACACUUGCUAAUGCUUCUCCUAAAUGAACGGCAUCUUUUGACAAUGGUUUGAUUUGAAGAAACGGAUGAGCACAUUCUGUAUUUCUCGACAUGGCAACAAGAACAAGAAUGUUGUGGUGUUGAACAUUCGAUAAUUUUGGGCUUUGUCGCUUAUUCAUAACUUUCCCAUCAAACCUAAAACUUCUGUGCUGAGUUCAAACGAGAAUCUCGAUGGCUGAUGACUUGGGAAAGUUUAUUGAAAGCCAGAAAAGUAAAUUGGAAAGAGAAAGGGCCGAGUUGUCAAGGGACGGGGACUUCGCCUCGACUUCCCGUCAGGAACAUUACAACGCAUCCUCUUCAAAUAGAAGAAAUAAUCCUGUGUCCACUUCUCCAUCAAGGGGAGGUCCUGCUAGUUUGAGUAAUGCUGAUGAAACUGGGCUUCCUUUGGGAGGUUAUGAUAGCCAUCGAAAAAAGCUGAACGAGGAAAGGAAACAAGAAUAUAACAAGUUUCUGGCUGAGAAAAAACUGAGGUCUACUGGCAGGGCUGAUGAAGCUCCCAUUCCAAGAGAUCAGCCAUCAACUACCAAGGAUACUCCUCUCAAGUCAAUUCAGAAACCAGUGGAGCGUCAGUCCUAUGAAAGAGAUUACUUUUCUCCUCUCCCUCCUCGCAGCAGCCGAAGAAGAGGCAAAGAGAAUUUUGAUGAUAUGGAUACUCCUCUCAAGUCAAUUCAGAAACCAGUGGAGCGUCAGUCCUAUGAAAGAGAUUACUUUUCUCCUCUCCCUCCUCGCAGCAGCCGAAGAAGAGGCAAAGAGAAUUUUGAUGAUAUGGAGGAGUCUUUUGAAAUAAGAGCCCCAAGACGAAGAGCCCCAAAUAAGACUGAUAGCUAUGAGGAUUUGCUACGCCGUAAAAGGGCAGAGGAAAGACGUUACAGGAGUAGAUUUGAAGAGCAAGAUUUUGAUGAUGAUUUAAGACACAUGAGGCUGUCUAGCAAAAAUUACAAGUUCAACUCUAAAAGUGAUGGAUUUCUCAGUCGUCAGCGUUAUGAUGAUGAUGACCUAGAUGACGAGGAUCCUUAUGGUCCGCGGUCAAGGCGUUCCAGGCGUGUGCGUUUCACUGACGAUGAUGACAUGGAUGACAGUCAAUGGCUGAGACGACGGCGGCUACAAGAUCUUGACGAUGAGUAUGAUGAGGAUUUUGAAGAUCUGCGAGAACAGUCUAGAAGACGCCGUCAGAAGUCAAGGGUCUCUCAAAGAAUAAGCAGCGCCCACGAGGAAAGACGAACAGCAGCACCUGAAGUAGAGACUGACAUGAGAAGAACUAAAACAGACAGUGAGCUACGCUCUGCCUCUGCCCCUCUUCCUGAAGGAACUGGAAUCAUAGGAGGUCGUGAGGAGCCAAAGGCACUCAAGCUCCAAGAAAAGGAGAGAUACAGAAAGGAGUUAGAAAAACAGCGACAGGAACAAGAAGACAAGAGGAAACAAGAAAGAAUGGAAAGACUGGGCAUUGGAAUGGAGUCCAGUCCAUUUACAAGCCAGUCUUCAAGACCACAAGAACCAAAUCAAAAGCCCCCGCCUGGCCGUCAGCCACUCUACAGCCCCCCUCCCAGUACCUACAUCCCAAGCAGCCACCCUCCACCACACCCUGCCGUUCAACCAAACCCCUAUGACGACCCCUACUUCUACUAUGGUGGACAGGAGAGGGCGGCACCCCAGCCAUCUUCAGUCACCGUUCCGCCACUAGGGGUGGGGUUUGCAUCCGCUUUUGGGAACAGAUAUGACAGAGGCAUACAGCAAGAACUGACUCCUCGUGGCAGAGCUCCACCCUCUGAUCCGUCACCUCCUGAGACACAAGCUUACCAGAGUGCGUAUGAGGGUGACCCCCAUCACCAACCGCCUGGAGGGUUUAGUAACAUUGGUAGAGAUGACUCAUCUGAUUCACAGAAGAAGAGGGCUACCCAGCAAGCCCUGCGGGAUGAGCUUGAAAGACAGAUGAAAGAACAUGCCCAAAAGAAGGAAAAAGAAAAAAUUGAGAAAGAGAGGUAUGAGAGGAAGAUGGAGGCAGAGAUUGAGGCGUACAACCCAUGGGGCAAGGGCGGAGGAGGGGCCCCACUCAGAGACCAGACAGGACAUCUCGUCACUGACUUGAAGAAGAUGCACCAGUAUAACCAAGAGGGUAAGAUAGUCAGUCCCAGGGAUCCUCCACCAGCCAAGGACAUCCGGUUUGAGCUGCCGCCUGAAGUGAACAAGAUCUCCCCUGAGCCAGCAUAUCCAGACCAGUCUGGAGGUGAUAUGGGAAGGACUUCAUCAUUUGGCCGAUCUGACCCCUUGAAGACCAAACAGCCGCAGGAUGAUAUUAAGAUGAAAGCGAAGCUUGAGUAUCAAUUAUACCUAAAGCAACAGGUGGAGGAAAAAGAGAGGAAGAAGAAGGAGGAGCAAGAGAAAAUCAAACGAGAGGAGGAACUAGAGGAACAACGCCUUGAAGAGCAGAGAAUAAAAAUGCAAAAAGAAUUUGAAGAAGAGCAGGAGAAGGCCAGAAGAAAGGAGGAGGAAGUCAGGAAACGAAACGAGGAGAUGAAGGCUGCACAAGAAGCCAAGAAGAAACAGGAAGACAGGCGGAGAAAGGAAUUGGAUGAAGAGCGAGAGGCUGAAUUAGCACGCAAACUUGAUGCUGAGAUUGCAGCGAAAAAGGCAGCUGGUGCUAUGGCUGCUAGGUCCAGUUCUCCCCCCAUACCAACACUUAGAGCCAAGCAAGAGGCCGCAGACUAUACCGAUGCAUCACGUAUUGCCUCCCCGCCAAUUCCUACGUUAGCAAACCAGCGUCGACACGAGUCGCCAGUUCCUGUUAGCAAACCAGUGUACCAAGAACAAGGUCCUUCCUCUCGAUUGGAUAACGACAGCGAUGUUCUUAGCCAACUUACCGCCCUUCGGAAGCAACUGAAAAAUGAAGAAAAUAAAAUCCAGUCCCAAAUUGGGAGAAUGGAUGCCACAACUAAAUAUCAACAAAUCGGCCAGAGACGAGAGACAGAUAGCAGAAGGAGUCGCCGCGAAGUGGACGUGUUUGAUCGAGUACGACUCAGUAACAAGCCAGGGCCCCCACCCCUAACAACGCGGCGAAACGGAGAAACAUCGAAUAAUGCAGCCGCUGAAGAAUUUAACAAAAUAAAAUAUGAAGAAACCUCAUCUCUUGCGGGAGAAUUCCGCAGCAGGUUUCCACAGCCUGCCCAAACAGACAGCGUGCUUGACCUCCAACAGCAAGAGUACUUAAGAGAACAAGAGGACAAGAUAUCUUCUCUGAAGGCUGGGUUUGCAAGAUCAAGACCAUUUGGCUUAAAUGCUCAGGGUCCUAUUCGAUCGAAAAGCAAGGAGUCACUCCUUGAUUCCGAGAGUCAGUUCAUCGCGGUGGAUGGUCCCGCCGCUGACCUACCGUCGCUAUCCCAGGUGGACUUGCGACCAAGGCAGUCUUCAGCCAGGCAGCGCCGCCGCUGGAAGGAACUCGAAGAGAGGGCCAAAGAACAAAAUCCGUACAACGCCUACAAACCUCCCACGCCAGGCGGCUUCUCGCUCAACUCCGUGACAAGCUUCAACGUAGAUGAAGUCGCGACUAAAAACGACGAGCGGUUGCGAAGAUUGGACUCCAUACGCCGAGCAGAUGCCGGAGAUCCAGAACAGGUUUUACAGCAGUUCAUGAACGAGCAUCGUCGACCGUUGACAAGGACAUCAGAAACUUCCUUAGAAGCUGAGACAAGUUUCGAGCCACUUCCAUUCUGAUAAUUUAAGACAGGUAGCCUGUAUGCAACAGGAAAUAGUUCGAAUCCGGCUGCACGCAGGCUAUAGACGGGACACCUAUAUGUAAAUACGCCAUGGCCUGCCUAAAUAGACAGCAGAGAGAAUUUGUACUCCUUUUUGUAACAAUUGGCUAUGCUAGUGGAGCCUACAGAGCUCUAAUUUGUUGGUAUUUCAAGAAAAAAAAGAUUAAAAUAUGUAUAAAUAAUUUGAUUUGUAACCAGGAAAGUCAAGGUCAUUAUUCUGAAUAGUUUUGAAAUUCUGGAAUGUAAUGUCUGGAAAGUAUGUACACACGGUGUAAAUUGACAGAAACUAGACAGUAAAAGAUUGUUAUUGCGUGUAAAGCAGUAAGCAAAUUUGUCACUUAUGUGUUAUUAAUGUACCCUGUUUGUAUUAUUGUACUCCAACACCCCCACACAUGGCACAUCGGAAAAAAAAUAAACACAAAGUAAAUAAUA